CAACCUGAGCGACCGGCAGAGCUGAAUAAAACUUGCUCGGCUAUUUAUUUAUUUAUUAUAGUUACUAGUCGUUUAUAUUAAUAAUUUUGUUUAAUUUAGUUAUUUUAAUUCGAUUAAAAUAUGAAAAAACGAGUUGAAAAAUUGCCAAAGGAAAAAGGGGACAAAGUGGAUUCUGUGACUGAGGAAGAGUCGCCUAAAACUGCAGAUGAUUACCCGUGUUCAGGAAAUCUGGAGCUGGACUUCACAGAGCUGUGCAAACUCAUGGGUGUGGAAGAGAUCCCUUCUGUGAAGAUAAAGCAGGCGGCAUCUAUGAGCGGAGGAGCUAUGGAAAACUCUAAAGAAGACAGUCAGUUUCAGUCAUCCUUAGAAAGUCAGAUGACAACAUGGUCCUCUAAGCCUUGCCUCCAGAUAGAGCUGGAAAACGAAGACCACUGCAGCGUGAAGGAAGUCAAAAUAUCCGGAUGGAAGGUGGAUGGGGUGGUGCUUCAGGCGUUGAACAGGAUAUUGCCGUCCCUCAGUAACCUCCAGUGCUUACACAUGUGGCGUGCGGGCCUGACGGAUCCUGCUUUCGCCUCCAUUCGAAACACAGCGUCUUUGUGCUCCAGUCUCAGGAAGGUGGUUUUGGAGGGUAAUCCUCUUCCUGAGCCGAGUUACCACUUACUCAUACGGGAAGACAGCAUGUUGACGGACUUAUCAUUACGUAAUAAUCACAUAGGAGACGAAGGAGCUCGUCUGAUUGGCUCGGCUCUGUCCACUGUACACUCUGCUAACAAAAACCUCCUGUCACUCAACCUAGCCUUUAAUAGUAUUGGUGAUGCAGGUGCAAUUCACAUAGCUCAGGGUCUGCGUCUCAACUGUUCUCUGCUGUGUCUGUCGUUAUCCUUCAAUCAAAUAGGGGAUGAUGGAGCAGCUCAUUUGGCUGAAGUGCUUGGGCCUUUUGCUCUAACACAUGAGGAAACAGUUGAGAGGCGGAAGCUGUUAAUUAAAGGUGAAGAAUCGCCGAUGGUACAGCCAUCUCUGGUUAGUCUCGCAGACUCACACGAGCGGCCUCUUUCCGUCCGCAGCAGCUCUUCACUGGAUCGUCUCAACAAGGCUACGAAGAACCCCACCAAAAAGAAGGACAACCCUAAGAAAGACGAGAAACCAGCAACUGGUCAGGCAGCAAAGAAAGAGGAGUCAAAAGUGGCCAAGAAAGAUAAUAAAGUUCCCCGUAAUCAGGCUGGAAAACCAGCAGGAAAAGACAAUAAUCUACUAGUAUCUGAACAAGAGAGACUGGAGGUGGUUGAGACGGUGAUUCCUCUGUUGCAUCCUGGGAUUGUGCACACUGGAGGGAAAGUGAUUCAUCCUGGAAACACCUGCCUUACUUCUCUGAACCUCUCAGGAAAUAAACUGACUGAGCAAUCACUCAGGGUGUUGCUCUCAUCUCUGGAAGGACAGGACGAAGGCGGGCUUCUGCGUCUUUCUCUCAACAGGAAUCAGUUUCCCUCAGAUUGUGACACUUUCUUGAAGAUACAAGAGAUUAUGUCUCUCAGGGACCCUUUAAAAAAACCCCGCUCUGGUCAGGUGGAGGAUGAGCGUGGUGAACCCAAGACCAUCAAUGAUGACUAAUGGUGUAAAUGACAAGAAGGGGCAUUUUACUGUAUUGUUUUUUUAUGUAUAAGUGUUCACUGACAUUAUACAUGGACAGUUCUAGACAUAAGGUUGAACAUUAGUUUUGAUUUGUUGAAAAUUUUGGUCAAUAUAUGUUAUUUCACUGUUUUCAUCAUUUUUCUAGUAAACUUUUCCACUGAAAUUUAAUUUAGUUAGUGUUAGUUUUUAUAGCAAAGGACUGCUUAAACUCCCUGUAUUAUUUUAUAUUGGUGCCGUUGAUUGAUUAAUCGUGAUUAAUUGCAUCUAAAAUAAAAGUUUUUGUUUACGA